AUGUGUUGGAAUGCUGAACAACCCGGAGGCCGUCGCAUCUUCGUCAUCGACCAGAUCGCGAAGCAGCGUUACCUGGUCGACAGAGGUACUGACAUUUGUUGCUACCCGCGAUAUGACCUUCUAGGACCUCACCCAUCGAUAUCUUUCGAGCUCAGCGUCGUAAAUCGGUCCACAAUCGACACGUACGGCUCACUGCACUGGAACAUUCAGCUCAAGAACUCACUCCACGACCUUCACUGGAACUUUGUCAUCGCUAACGCUGCCGAGCCAAUCAUCGGCUCAGACUUCCUGGCUCACUACAACAUCCUUCCAGACUGCCACAGCGACUGUCUCGUCGACUCGACAAAGGGACGCCCCACACCAGGCCAGCGAACAACCGACCAACAGCCAAACAUCAAGGUCCUCAGUGUGGAUGAUCGCUCGCCGUACUAUGCUAUCCUCGCCGAGUUUCCCGGCUUGAAACGCCCAAGCAGAGUUCCACGCAAUAUGCAGCACACCACCGUGCACUACAUCAGGACCUCUCUAAACCCCCGGUUUUUCGCCGUGCCCGUCGCCUCCCCCAGACCACAUGCGCAUAGCCGAAACAGAGUUAAAAGCGAUGCUCCGAGAAGGCAUCGCCCGUCGCUCCAAAGGCCCACGGGCCUCAUCACUUCACCUUGUCCCGAAGAAGACCACUGGCUUACGCCCAUGUGA